AUGGCGGUCCUCAACGCCAAAUGCUUCACCCCCAACAAAACUUCGAUUAUCCCCUCAAAACCCACACGACCCAUUUCCCUUCCAACCCUUCACACCAAAACUUCCCUCCCCGGAAUCGCCGUCGCCGGAGUAAUCUUCUCCACACUGAGCUCCACCAACGCUCCCUUCGCCGCCCAGCAAAUCGCCAAUCUGGAGGAGGGCGAUAACCGGGGGCUGGCCCUAUUGCUGCCACUCAUCCCGACGGUGGCUUGGGUUCUGUUCAACAUUCUUCAACAAACGUUGAAUCAACUGAACCGGAUGCAGACAGAGAAAGCGGUGGUUAGAAGGAACAAGGAUAAUUUUCUCUUUGUUGGCUAA